AUUAAACGCACACACACAAAAGCUCUCCAGCGCUGCGGUCCAAUAUAGGCGCAUGCGCCCUGCCCGAGGACUGGCAGGGAGACGGCAAUAUGGCGAGAAUGCCUGGCAGCGGCAGCGGAGGAGACUGGAGCAGCGGAGCAGCGGGAGCAGGAGGAGGAGGAGGAAGAAGAGGCGCAGGUGGCGAGAACAAAGCCGGGGAGCGUCCGCCGGGGCGAGGAGGGGGCCUCCACUAUUGUAGCGCCGGGGAGGAGGAGGACGGGGAGGACGAGGAGGAGAUCCAGGAGGUCCAGAUAACGGGGGAGGAGGAAGUGGAAGAGGAAGAGGAGGAGGAGGGCGAUGGAGGGAUCCUGCUCUUGGACGAGGAAGAGGAGGAGGAUGAAGAGGAGGAGGAAGAAAGGGAGAUGGUGAUGCUGGGCCUGGCUUGGGACGGCGAGGAGGAGGAGGAGGAGGCGGGCCAUAGGAUCCGUAUGGACCAGGGCCCUCUCCGGGCCCGCCUUGGAGGGCUCCGCCGCGGCGGCGGCGUCCUCGUCGGGGCUCCCCCUGCGGUCCUUGGCCCCUCCGCUCCGGGCCUCCCUGACCCCGACCUCCCCGCCGCUGGCAGGGCCCUUUCUGCGCCGGGCAAGGCGGCCCUGGCGGAGGAGUGGGACCCGGAGCUGCUCCUCUCGCCUCCGCCUCCUCCUCCUCGGCCGGAGCGCUCGCGGCUGAGCGAGAACACGCGGCUGGCCACCCGGUACGCGGUGCGGAUCUUCCGGGAGUACCUGAGCGAGAAGGCGCAGAGCCCGGACUUCGAGCGGCUGGACAAGGGGGCGCUGUGCCGGGUGCUGCGCUCCUUCUACGCCGAGGCGCGCUCCAAGAGCGGGCAGCUCUACUCCAAGUCCUCGCUGAUCAGCAUCCGCAGCUCCCUCAACCGCUACCUCAACGAGCCGCCCUACUGCCGCACGCUGGACCUCACCAAGGACCCCGAGCUCCGCGCCGCCAACCUGACGCUGGCCGCCGUCAUCCGCAAGCUGGAGGAGCAGGGCGCCGGGCCCGUGGUCCAGAAGCAGGCCAUCGCCCGCGCCGACCUCCGCAAGCUCUACACCUGCAGCGACGGCGUGCUCAGCCCCCGCAGCCCCUUCGGCCUCCUCAACAAGGUCUGGUUCGAGACCUGCAUGUACUUCUGCACCCGCGGCCGGGAGAACCAGCGCGAGCUGGAGGAGGGCUCCUUCGGGCUGGCCGCCGACGAGGACGGGCGCCGCUUCGUCUACUUCAAGGCCCUGGGCCCCUACCACAAGUCCCGCUCCGGCUCCUCCGCCUCCUCCUCCUCGGCCUGGGGCAAGCGGAGGGGCGCCGAGGGCCACCGGGACGGCGCGGACGAGGAGAGCCUGCCGCGGAUGUACGAGACCGGCACCGAGUUCUGCCCCUACGCCUCCUUCGUCAAGUACCUCUCCAAGCGCAACCCGCUCUGCAAGGCCUUCUUCCAGCGGCCCCGCGACCACUGCAGCGAGGGCGACCUGACCUGGUACGAGAACAAGGCCAUCGGGAAGAACCUGCUGGGCACCCGCAUGCAGAUGCUCUCCAAGGCCGCCAAGCUCUCCAAGACCUACACCAACCACUGCAUCGGCGCCGUCUCCGUGGCCACCCUCAACAGCAUCGCCGGCAUCGGCUCCCGCCUGACCCCCGAGGCCCUCAACGGCCGGCCCCGCCUGGCCCUCCCGCCCGCCCAGGACCCCGGCAGCCCCCCCAAGCCCCGGGGGGCCCAGGCCGCCAAGAGAGAGGCCUCCGCCGCCGGAGCCCCCGCCUCCCCCAAAAGGCGCUGCCUGAGGCCGGCCCAGCCCCUCGACGCCGCCUCCCUCAAGCGCGACCCCGCCUCGCCUCGCCUCCUGCCCGAAGCCAACGGCCACCGAGGCACCGGCUCGCCCGCUUCGGGCGCCUCGCCCGCCAUCCUCCCCCCGUCCUUGGCUUCACAGGACAGCCGGCCCAAUAUGUCAAGACCUCUGAUCACUAGGUCCCCUGCAUCUCCUUUGAACAAUCAAGGCAUUCCCACGCCAGCACAGCUCACAAAAUCCAAUGCACCAGUACAUAUUGACGUGGGUGGGCAUAUGUACACCAGCAGCUUGGCCACACUUACUAAAUAUCCUGAUUCAAGAAUUGGGAGGCUUUUUGAUGGCACAGAGCCAAUUGUUUUGGACAGCCUGAAGCAGCACUACUUCAUCGACAGGGAUGGCCAAAUGUUCAGAUAUAUCUUGAAUUUUCUACGAACGUCAAAACUCCUCAUACCAGACGAUUUCAAGGAUUACAGUUUGCUAUAUGAAGAAGCAAAGUAUUUUCAACUUCAGCCCAUGCUAGGGGAAAUGGAGAGGUGGAAACAAGACCGGGAGACAGGCCGUUUUUCCAAAUCCUGUGAAUGUCUGGUUGUCCGAGUUGCUCCAGAUCUUGGAGAAAGGAUUACCUUGAGUGGUGACAAAUCCUUGAUAGAAGAGGUGUUCCCAGAAAUUGGUGAUGUGAUGUGCAAUUCAGUGAAUGCAGGUUGGAAUCACGAUUCAACACAUGUAAUCAGAUUUCCUUUAAAUGGAUAUUGUCAUCUUAAUUCAGUUCAGGUACUUGAGAGGUUGCAACAAAGAGGAUUUGAAAUUGUUGGCUCAUGUGGUGGAGGGGUGGACUCUUCCCAGUUCAGUGAAUAUGUACUUAGGCGAGAACUCAGACGGACAUCUCGCUCAUCUUCUGUCAUUCGAAUAAAGCAAGAGCCUCUGGACUAAGGACUUUUUUUCUUAUGCAACAACAAAAAAAAAGAGGGACCUCUUUCAUGUGCAGUUGGGACACCAAAAGAACCCUGGAACGAAAAGCUGAAUAAAGACACAUUUAUAUCAAAUAUAAAGACCAUACCUGUAUUCAUAUGGGAGCAUUUGGAAUAGUAAUAACCUCAAGGUGUAAAAUAUGUAUAUGUGAAAUGUUAGAAAUGAAAAAAUAAAAAAACCUAACAAUGGUAGAUGAGGUUGGUGCUGUAAUGGCCAUUAAGUGUCCUAGGCCAUAGCUAGGCCUGAUAUAACAAUACAGAAGCCAUUGCCAUUAGAGGGAGGCUCACAACUCCUUUUUGUUUCCUAUUGCCCAAUGGUAACAUGCUUUUCAGCGCAUACACCAUCAAUAAAAUUUACAGACACCUGUCUUAGAAGUGAUUGGACACAACUCCAGAAAACAUCCAUCCAUUACAUAAGAAAGGUCACAGACAGCAAUUUCUAAUGUAGCUUGUACAGAAGGAAUAUACUUCUGUCCACCUGACAGAUGUGAAGAUUUGUCUUCUUCUUUAAUUAUUUUUUUAUUUUACAAAGGAGCCAGAAUUUUGUUACCACUUAGUUCGAUGUGAUUUGGUUUGAGUCUGGUGUUUUCAUAUGUUCCACCUCUACCAACCCCCCCCCCAAAAAAAAACCCCAUGAUCAUAUAUGAAGUACAAUAAAUUUUGUUAAAACAUCAAGUCUUAAACUAAGGCAUACCCAAAAAUGUUAAAUAAAACUUUAAAAAGUAAAGGUUAAUGUUAGCUUUUACCUUGUUUUAUUAAGCAUUUGAUAUGCUUACUGGAUAUAAGUGGUGUUGAAUUCUGUGUGCAAAGGACAAAAUGAAGGCAUGAGAGAGUUAAGGGAAAGUGAUUACAGUACUUUAUUUUUAGUACUGUACAUAGUGGGAAAUUGUUCUGGUGCACUUUUUGGUGCUCCUUUUUCUCCCUCACUGAUCCUGUUUUCAAACAUGGUCAUUUUGAAAAGAUCCUGCUGCCUAUCAUAAAGCAGUUGGUAAAGCAAGGAGGGAGGUUGUUUUUUGUUUGGUAAAGCAGUUGAAUGCAGUUCUGUACAAUUAUCUUUAACUACUUCUACUGCUAACAUUGCUACAUAAUAGAAUUUCAUCAGUGCCCAUAAAAUCAGUCCCCUGACAUUCAUACUCAGGUUUUCUUUUUCUCCCCUUAAUGAAAUAUUAUAACUCUGUGCUAUUUUAAGUAACACAGGCGCGUUACAGACGUGCCAAAGGGGCGUGCUAGGGUUGAGAAGGGGCGUCACUUCCUGAAGCCCCUCAACCCUAGUACGGACCGAGUCUAUACAAAAUGGAGGCGCCCGUCCAC